AUGGCAUUACUCACCAACCCAGCAGAGAAACACGCCCGUGGCGAUCCUGCCCCCGGGGGGACUGGUAUUCCCGCCGCCGACCUCCUUGACGAAGCCCGCGAUGAGCUGGAACACGUACAGCAAGAUGGCGAGACAGGUGCGGGCGAAUUCGUUGGUGCGGGCAUCUGCGAGCUUGGUCGCCGCGCGCCUCCAUUCGUGGAAGCUUGGGACGCGCGUACGUCCGGGUUGGGUGUGGGGGUGGGUGAUGGCGUCGAAGAGGCUGUCGAUGGACGAGACGCGUGGGCCGAGGAGUUCUUCGUAGCCGGCGAGUACGGUGGCGAUCACCUUUCUGCAGCGCGGACAGCAUCCUCCCUCCCCCUUCCCCUCCCCCUCCCCCUCGCCCCUUCCCCGCACAAGCAACCGCUCAUCCACAACACUUACACACUGAUCCCACACCCCCACCUUCUCCAGCAAACUCCACAGCGAAUCCAGCGGAUCCCCGACAAAAUGCAGCAAGCCCGCAAACCGCCGCUUGUCGAGCGGGGACAGCUCUAUGUUGCUCACUAA